UUGCAUAAAAGAGAGAAAGGGUUCGCUUAAACGUUUCUUUCUGAAGGUUUCUUUCUCUCUCUUCAUUCUUCUUCUUCUUCUUUUGCUUUGAUUCGCUGAAGAGAAGUAUAGGGAGAGAGAAGAAACCAUAUACACACAAGCAACUACUCUCGUUGUUUUUCAUGUGUUAUAGCGAGUUUCCUUUGAUCUUGGAACCAUAUUCGAAGUUUCUUUCUUUUUUGUUAUUUUCCUUUUGAAGAUGUUGGUAGCUAAUAGUUUCGAUCUAUGGCGAAAAGAUGCUUUCUUCUCUGCAGCCGAGGAGGUUCAGGAAUCCGCUGAUAUAAUGGAAUCAGCAUACAGGGCAUGGUUAAGAGAGAGGAGAGAAAGGUCAAAUCCUGAGGAAUUAAAUGAAUUAUGCAGGGAGCUUCAAACUGCUUUAGGUACUGCUAAAUGGCAGUUGGAAGAAUUGGAAAAAGCUAUUAGGCUAAGCUACCGACAUCUUGGUGAUGACAACCGAGCCACUAGGCACAGGCAGUUUAUAUCUGCCAUUGAAAGCCAAAUUUCCCAGGUUGAAGCAGAUCUGAGAGAAUCUAAUAUCGAGGAAGGUAAGCAACCCCUUCGGUGGGUAAAUUUGGACGAAGAAGAGCGAGAUGAUUUUGCUGCGUUUCUAUCUGGAACCUGUGAGACUGUGCAAAGCACUAAAGAUGAAUGUGUGGAUGUUUCUCCUUUGAUGAAAUCCUCAAUUCGGGAGAAACAAGUUAGCAAAGAAGAUGAAAAUGUAAAUGUAAAUGUAAAUGCUUUUUACCGUUGGGAUGGUUCUACUAAUGAAAAGGCUUCUGUGGAUGCUGUUGCCGUUAACAAAGACAGAGAUUACGCAAUAGAAAUAAAAGCAGAUGCCGAUUCUAGAAAUAGUGAUGAUGUAGUUUAUCAAACAGAUACAACAACUAGUACAAGGAAGACAUGGAGUCCUCCACCUAAUUAUGCUGCUUUAAGAAUUGUAAUUGCUGAUGAAGAUGAGCAGGGAAAUCAACUUACACGGACCGUUGAUGCCACCCCUAAAGAGAAAGGAUCCAAACCUCUCUUCUGGAAACAAAAAUUCGAAGAAUAUCCUCAGGCCAUGCGAGCUGUUCAUAUGUUCAAUCAGGUUUUUGGUCGCAUCGGUCUAUGCCAACGACAGCUUCGAAGUCCUUUGCAUUUGCGACAUGGUCGUUCUCUUAAAGUUACACUUGCUCUAAUGAUGAUCAUUUUUCUACUUGAUGGAUUGUUGUGGACUGUGGUUUGGUUUACCAGCAAAAUAGUUUAUUCACGUUUCCUUCAUCUGCUGCCCGAAAGUAGAAGCUCUUCAUUCAAGCCAAAUCUUGACUUUUGGGGCUGGCUUUCCUUGUUCUGAUGGUGAUUGAUAAAAGGUCAAAUGGGUGUUUGAUAUAUCUGCAUGUGCUGGAAAAAUGAGUCAGUCAAGGGCAACCAACCAAUCAGUGUCACAUUCUUGUAUUUAGUGGUUGUUAUUAUUAUAAGAUUAAGAUGAAUGAAUUCACUCCCACAUGUGUAGUGUGUGGAAGCCGACAUCAUAACACAUUACCAACCUCCUUUCUAAAACGAUGGGAAUAGGAUAGGUGUAUGUCUACUUUAGUUUCAUGGGUCUGUUACUAAGUGUAUAUACAUUCAUCGUAAAAUAUUGUUUAAUGCAACUUCCACUAUACUACUAUUUGCAUUGGUUGCAAGAUAAUGCAAGCUUAAAUUUCAAGUUGUUUAUGUGUCAA